AUGCGAAAGGAUAAUAUCAGCGACAAGGCAUUAACAAUCAGUCGUGCUGAUUCCUCUUCAAUGCAAAUAGUACCAAAGAAUGAAUUAACAUUUACAGAUCGUGGAAGAAUGAUCUAUGGAUGUUUAGGUAUAUUUAGAAUAGAAAGAGGUAAAUAA